CCACAAGACACAUUUAAAUAGACAUUUCAAUCAAAGAUCAAAGCUCAUCACAAAAACAAAGAACAACACCACAAAGCAAAGAAAGAAAGAAAGAUAAAAAGCUUGCAAGGAAACAAUGACAUUGAAGAAGAGUUUCUCUGCUUCUCUACUUUCACCAUUUCUGAUCAUAUGUCUUAUUGCAUUGCUUUCUGUUCCGGUAUCCGUUGGAGCUCGCCGGUUAUUGGAGGAACCUAAACCAGAGAUACCGACAUUUCCGGAGCUACCUAAACCAGAGAUGCCAAAGUUACCCGAAUUUCCGAAGCUAGAGUUGCCUAAGUUACCUGAGAUUCCAAAACCAGAGAUGCCUAAGUUACCGGAGAUUCAGAAGCCUGAAUUGCCGACGUUUCCAGAGUUACCGAAGAUGCCGGAAUUUCCCAAGUUCGAUUUUCCAAAGUUGCCGGAAUUGCCAAAACCAGAAGAAACCAAAGUGCCGGCGUUUACAAUGCCAAAGUUUCCUGGAUCUCCUUAAGCCCAUUACACCAGAAGAAGGCCCAUCUACUUUGGAGCCCAUUCUAAUUUACUGAAAUUGUCGUAUCACCCCUUGUAUUGUUUGUCUAUUUUACAGAGAUGUGCUUUUUGUAUCCCAUCUCAUCCUUGAUCCUUGUACCUUAUUUGUCUCGUCAUUGUUAUUACACUCAUACUUGUACUUUGAUUCCAUUGUUGCCUUUGUUGCCUUGUUGGCAGGGGCGGACCCACAGCAAGAGAGGGUUGGGCACGUGCCCUACGCUCUUUAAAAAAUAUAUAUAUAUUCUUUUAUAUAAUUAAUUCAUUUGCUG